AACACGAGAGAACUAAAGAACGACACACUGACAAACAUUUGCCAACGCAUUGCUGUUUGCUCAAAAUAUUUUUUAGAAGGUAUAGAAAUGUCGUUCGGUUAUGCGAAGCGGUUGACCGUGGUGGUCCUGGUAAUGAGCGUGAUGUUCCUGCGUCUGGACGCCGAACCCGCCACGUCCCAGGAGCACACGGGACAAGGGAGGACGCCGUUGCCACGCUGCACGUUUAGCCACCGGGUGACGCCCGGGGAUUCCUGCGAGGAGAUCGGGGAGACGUACGGAUUGGCGCGCGCCACCAUCCAGAACUACAACCGCAAUAUCGACUGCAGUCGGCUGCUGGUCGGGCAGAAGGUCUGCCUCAAUUGAGGCCGGGUGUAGUCUAGUGUGUGAUUUUAUUGCUGUUUUCGGGGAUAAUUAAAUUUUAUUGAAGGGUGUGACCACGCCCAGGUGAUACUUGUGAUUUAGAAAGCAUUAUUGAUGAUGUACUUACGGUGUACUGGUUGCGGCAUAGUUUCGCAGUUAAAAAUUUGGCAGUGUAAUUCCAGCAUUUGAAGUGUACAUAGUCGAGUACAAAUUAAAUGCAAUAAUUACUUAAGAACUU